AUGCUCACCGACUCCCAGGCCCGCACUAUUUCGGAUCUGCCAGGAGUUUUAGGUGCUCGUCCUAAUACUGAACACAGCAUCGGUGAUCCUACCAUGGAAGAUGAAGAAGAUUUUACUGAACAAGAUGAAGAUGAUUUUACUGAACAUCCUACGGUGGAUGAUGAAGAUGAUUUUACUGAAAACAGUAUCGAUGAUAUCCUACGAUGGAAAUGGAAGAUGAAGAUGAAGAAAUCGUGGACCACGAGAGAGCUAGAUUUUUCGGCGAUGCUGAACACGAGCUCAGUACACCUACGACGGGAGCUGAUGAAGCAAUAA